AAGUGCCAGUGCCAGUGUUUGUUCCAUUUCAAUAACAACGUUCUCUCUUCUGUCUCUGGAACGAGAAAUAGAGGCAGAGCAUUGGGCGAACGAGCAAGAGAGAGAGAGUGAAUGCGACAACAAUAAUAAUAAAUGUCAAAAAUUGCAAAAACGACCACAAGAAAAACAGAGAAAUAUCAUACACAAACAUUUACUCACGCGCGCUCAAAACAUUUACACACGCCAUUCGGUCGUCGUCCGUCACACUCCAGUACAGCGAGCGCCCAGAGAGUAUAGAGCAAAUAACACCAACAUCAUCAGUUUAUUAUUUUCCUCUUUUGCUGCUCGUAUUCUUUCAUCGUGUGUCGUUCUACAACGUCAAAACAUUGUUUUGAUUUUGACAUGAACGAAAAAAACCGAACAGUCAACACUUUUUGUACGAGUUUUUCUUUAAAAAAAAAGAACCAUUCAUUUAAUUUUGGUUAGAAUUUUGCCGUUUUUAUUGUAUGGUUUUUUUUUCUAAUUCCUUUUGUGACAUGUACGAUGGAUUUUUGUGCAAAAGUGUGUUCAAAAAGUGCGGAUUGUGUGGAAAAAAACAAAUGGUGUGCAUAAAAAAUGAAGAAAAUUUCCUGAUGUAUUUCUCGUACUUCAUUUUAAUGUCAUUGAAUUUAACUUGUGUCCUGUCUACUGACCGCUGAAUUUUUGUCAUACUUUUUAUUCGUGCUGUAGUAUUCGAAAGUUUUAGUGUGGCGUCUUCUUUUUGUUAUAUUAUUCAGAGAGUAUGCAUCGAAGUGACAACUAAAAAGUUCAAAAUUGUUCUGGAUUCAUAUCAGUUGGAAAUCUAUCUGCUUUCGAGCAAUUCCAUACUCAUUCCGAACUCAUGACAACGGCAUGACAUUUUGUGCAAAGCAUUUUAAAAUGCUAUUUUUGAUUAAAUUUGCGGACUUGAAAAUAGAUUUUGCUAUUUAUAUGGUUGACCAUGCUCAUGAACUAGUAGUAGUAGUGUGGCACGUAUUAAAACUCCUCAUUUUAGCAUAUAGUUUUAAUUCCAAACAUUUGAUUUAUAUUUAAAUUUUACUUCCCAUUUGCUAUUUUGGGUUUUUUAUGUUCCGUUUUCUGGUUGAAAUUCACAUACGAUGUUUCGAUAGCAAACAUUUGGUUUUGUUCACCGAUUUCCAUCAAUCACUCUUUUUCGAUUCAAUUUAAAUGCGCUUAAUGUACGUUUUCCCAAACAAAUGUCGAAAAUCAUUGAAUAAAUAAUUCUUCAUGCGUGCGUGUGUGUGUGUAUGUGUGUUUUUCUAAUUGUCUGUUUGCCUUCAGCGUUCAAUCAAAAUGUUCUUGUUAUUCGCGCGCGCAACAACCAACAGCGAACGCCAUAAACACAUUCUGUGAAAAUAUUUUAAAUCAAUAAUAGAGACAUAUGCAGAGACGCUUGAGAGUGCAAUAGACGACAGAAACGAAUAAAAAAAUGUAGAUUAUGAAUAAAUAGAGAGGAAGAGAGACAGAGCGAAAAAAAUAGCUACAAGUUGUAACUUGUUACGUGUGUGUCUCGAUGGCGUUUGAGCUAUUUCAAUUUUGUUGCUUGUUUUCGUUCGAAUUUUGUGUGCUUAUUUUUUUUCUGUUCCACUGAAUAUUAUCUGUCGCUCUAUGUCAAUAAACCAGUCUAAUUGAUCCCGACACGAAUCGCUGCAGCAAUGAAAAGUAAUGAUACACACAUACAGCAAUCUGAGAGUACCAAAACUCCAUGAAGAAUUUAGAUUCAAUCUUAUCAACAUCCGGCUAAUAUCCAUUCAUGAUAUAUAACAAAUCACACGAGAAUCGACCAAACAACAUAUAUUGCAAUAAACUACAAAAUACCUCAGCACAAUCUGAAGUGUUCGUAUAAGUGGUCCGAAGCAAAUGGAAUGAUAAAUCACAUUUAAUCUUUGUGCUCGCGCUUCUUUCCGAUUAUUUUUUUUUAUUAAUGCUGUUAAAAUAUUUUAUGGCUUCUUCAGUCAAGAGCAAGCAUUAAAUUCAAACCAAUCGGAUAAGAGACAUUAUCGUAAGCGAUAGUUUUGCGUAUGAGAGUUUGUUUUCAAGUGUGAUUGUAAAACGGAAAGGAAAAAUCGAAUCGAAAGUUAUUUUAUCAGUUGGCCGAUGAUAAUGGAGUAUGUGCGUCCUCCACUCAACACCGUCAACCGUUGAUUUCGUUGAUUUACUACAGAUUUUGGCUGGCCACGAAUAAGCGUUUUGAUUUCUCACAACCACAUUAGAUUAUCUUGAUGUGAGAACAUAAAUGAAAAAUUUGAGCAGCAACAACCAAAACAAUAACAACGACGACAGCAAAAAAAACGACCGGAACACGUAGCAGCUCACAGUUAAAUUAGAAUCGUUUGAGUAGUAAUUUGUUCAAAAGUGUGUGUUAACAUUAUGCUAUCAAGCUAUCGAUUGAAUCAUGUUUCGAAUGAAGAUCUGCAAGCCGUUGCGUUCGUGCCAUACAAACAUGCAAUCUUCCAAUCUCAACACCACAACAACCAUCAUCAUCAUCAUCAUCAUCGUCGACAAUCAUGCUGCAGCAUUUUGUUUCCGAUGGCCUUUGAGCGUGCAGCACCAAAAUCAAUUUUAAAUCCACGCUUCGAUUCCAUUAUCUUAGAAGGUCAAUUUCAAUCGAGCGCUUUUCCACAAAUCCGCCUCAGAUAUCGAUACGCUUUGAUUUACGUAAUUUUGAGCACAUUGAUAUGGCUGGGCUAUCAUUUCUCAGUGUUGAAAGCGUCCGUUGCACGUAUGCAACUAAUCACCUUGUACACGUCAUAUGUGAUGGUGCUAUUGACAUCUAUUCUAUUCUAUUUUUUGACCUACACAAAAUUUUAUCGCAUUCACACAACGUUCGUUUCAAUUAUUACCACGGCUAUGCUGUGCGGUACAUCACUCACCCUUCUCAAAUUCACAUCGAUCGAAUUAUUCAGUCCGCUCGGUCAUUUUAGCAUCUGCAUUGAGAUAAUCCUCCUAAUUUACACAAUGAUUCCAUUUCGGCUGUGGCAAAACUGUGCUCUGGCCGCAAUUUAUUCAAUUCUCUUUGAAAUUGGAUCGCUACGAUCGGAUGAUAUAAGCCCAGUCAUCAACUAUAAAAUUAUCGCGAUGCGUCUGAUGCUUCAUUUGUGCGUACACUUGGUCGGAUUACAUAUAUUAAUAAUGAAUGUGGUACGAAUGCGCGGUACAUUCAUUGAGGUUGGACAAAAUCUGCUCGUUAAGCGGCAACUGGAGAUGGAAAAACAAUUGAAAGAGAAAAUGAUACACAGCGUGAUGCCACCGAGAGUGGCCGAUAUGCUGUUGAAGGAGCGCAGCAGUGGCGACCAAGCAAUGUUUGGACCAGCUGGAAACGUGAAGUGCCUGUUUCGACCCUUUCAUAUGGCCAGCAUGGAAAAUGUGAGCAUUUUAUUCGCCGAUAUCGUUGGGUUUACGAAAAUGUCAUCGAAAAAAACCGCCGAGCAACUGGUGGAAAUUUUAAACGAUCUGUUUGAACGAUUCGAUGAAUUAUGCAUUUUAAAUGGUUGCGAAAAAAUAUCAACACUUGGCGACUGCUACUAUUGCGUGAGUGGUUGCCCAGAGCCCAGAGCUGACCAUGCGAUCUGCUGCGUUGAGAUGGGCAUCGGAAUGAUUGCGGCAAUGCGAUGGUUUGACACGAAGCGUCAGGAGGGUGUUACAAUGAGAGUUGGCAUACACACAGGCAGCGUCUUAUGCGGUAUCGUUGGAACGCGUCGCGUUAAGUUUGAUGUAUGGAGCAACGACGUUUCGUUGGCAAAUCGAAUGGAGUCAACCGGUCGACCCGGACAAAUACACGUUUCAGAGAAAACGUACAAGUUCUUGGAAAACAAAUACAUUUCCGAACCCGGAGAAGAAAUAGAAGGACUGAAAACCUAUUACAUAAUACGAAGAAAAUCAACGAAAUCUUAUGAGCAUCUGCGACCAAAUGAUUUAAAUUUAAGUGUUCCAAUUGCAAUUAAUGGCGAAAAUGAAGCAAGCAAUGCGACAAAAUUGAUAUCCCAAAGCGCGACAAAUUUGGCUGUAACACGAAAUGAUUCGGUGUCACCAUCGGCUUUAUCCACGGGUGCAGCAUCGUCAGUUAAUCGAUGUCGAACGACCACAUUCAAUAAACUAACGCGUUACCUUCGAUCCAGUGUCAGCUCCGGCGGUGGUGGUGCUACUCAAUCCAAAGAUCAAUCAAACCAGCAACGACCCCAACCGCCGCAAAUAUUCGUUUCAACGAAAUCACUUCCCGAAAGUUUAACAUCAACGAACCCAUCGAUUUUGAAUUGUUGUCCAAAUUCAUUGACACCAAAUAGUCUUCAAAACAGUGACCGUAAUGUGAUGUCAUCAGAUAAUUCAAAAACAUGCGAUUCGAUUACAAUGCCCACACAACACGUCACCGCCGCUGAUGCUGCUGUCGUUGUCGACAAUAAGUCGAUAGCAGCCAAUCUGCGUCAAUGGAAACUUCCGAAAUAUCUGCGGAAAUUCGAGAGCCGCAACAAUAACAAUAGCGUGAAAUGUAAUAAGGAGUGUGCGAUGAACGAAAGCUCAGCUGACGCUAAUCGUGCGACUGAAAAUGAUCAGUCAUAUCAAUUGUUGCCGAUAAUUAUACAGAAAACCGAUACAGCAACGUCUCUGAAUGCCAUUGAUCAAAGUACGAAUAAUGGUAACUGUAUUGGUAUCGGGAUCGAACAGGAUGGGAGUGUGGCAGAGUGUACGCCAAGCUGUUCACCAAGUCCAAGAUCGAAUACAAACAUAAAUAACACCGACAUCAUUGAUGUUCGUUCGUACAUUUCACAAUCGCGCAGCGAUAUAACACCAUUUUAUCCAGAGCGAGCGGACUCGUGUAAAUAUCGAUCGCAUCGUUACGGCGAUGUGUCACCAAUGCGACGACCACGCUCAAAAACAGUUGCACUCACUAGUCAAGAUCAUUUGAGCAAAAUGGGUCGUGAUUCCAGUAAUGAGUUACGCGUUCCGAAUGCACUCGGUAGAAAGCAUUCGCAGUACUGUAAUCCAACAUCGAAUAAUUUGCAUGUGCCAGAUAUGCCGCCCAAUCACACGUCAAUUUCACAGGAGAGACUAUCGACCGGCGAUUUGGCUUCGUGGGUGUCGAACAUCUCCGAUGAUCCAAUGUCUGCGGAGCAUUCAUCAACCAUCGCAAUUCCGCCAAAUGACGAAAUCCAUCUGGAUCCGAUUCGAAAACAAAGCGAUCUUCAACUCGUUCGAUGUGUGAAAGAGAAUGCAAAAUCACAACAAAAUUAUCUCGUAACGCCGCCAUUAUCCAAAUUAUCGCUAUUCUUUCUGUCGCCGCUGAUGGAACAGGAGUUUCGUGCCGAAGCGCAUCAGUUGAACAAACGCAAUGGCCCAUUAACGAUUGCAUUUCCGAUUUAUAACACCUAUUUUGACAUUUUAAUCGGUGUUGUGAUAUUUUCAACGGUAUCAAUUGCCAUGUUCCUGCUAUCCGCUUCGGAACAGCUCAAGGACACUCCUUUGAAAUGGAUUUGGCUGUGUGCAUUCGGUUUAGUUUCACUGAUUGAACUAUGCGUGCUGGUAUUGUUCACAAAACGAUUGUUUCGAAAUCGCAAAAAAUCCUUCUAUCAACGAAAAUUAUUCAUAGACACCGAAAUGCAAACAAAUGAACCAAUCCCUGUCGCCGAACCAGUGGAAAAGAGGAAUUUGGAGAAAACCACAUCAAACACCAUAACAAUGUCAUCGUUGACGAUAGAUUCAAUCACAUCGACAUCGCUACGAGCCAAAAAGUAUUUGGAGGAUAAAAUUAUCGGUUCAAUUUCAACGUGGUAUCGUUGGCACAUAUCGCUGGGAUUUUUAAUGACACUGCCCGCCGUGUUAACCCUUAUCCAUUUUCUCAUUUCGAGUGUGACAAAUGACGGAUCAGUGUUUGGAUGCCACUAUGGAUUCUUGAUGAUCGUUUGUAUUGUGCAUUUUUGUAAUUUUACGCAGCUAAACUGUUGGAUGCGAAGCAUUUUAGCCGUAUUUGUCGCUCUAGCGUUCAUCGGCGGCAUAUCGUUGAGUCAACUCGAAUGGUCGUCAACACUGCAGACACAUAUUGAAUCAACUGCAUGGCCACAACAAAAUUCGUCUCAACCAAUAUUGAUUAUCAGUUCGGACGGAACGAGAAAUAACUUUAGCCGCACAUCGUUUGCGAAUCGUUCGGAAGAUUCAAGUGAUCGACGAAAGCCACAUUGUUUCGAGAAGAAAAUUGAUCUGGAAAUUUAUUUAGACUUGACAUUAGUUUUAGUGUUGGUGUGGUUUUUGAAUCGUGAAUUUGAAAUAUUCUAUCGAUUUGCAUUUUAUAGUAGUUCAAUUGCGGAAAAAGACAAGAUACGAGUUCAACAAAUGAAAAAUCAAGCCGAUCUACUGCUUCAGAAUAUAAUACCGAAGCAUGUAGCCGAUCAUUUAAAGAAUACGGCCAAAUAUUCCGAGAAUCAUCACAAUGUGGCCAUCAUAUUCGCGUCGUUAAUCAAUUUUAAUGAAUUGUAUGAUGAAUCGUAUCUGGGCGGACGUGAAUAUCUUCGUGUUUUGAAUGAAUUAAUCGGAGAUUUUGACGAGCUAUUGAGCCGACCGGAGUUUGCGUGUGUGGAAAAAAUUAAAACGAUCGGAAGUACAUUUAUGGCUGCAUCUGGAUUGGAUAAUAGUUUACGUGAUCAGAAUAGUAAUAGUCAUAUAAAUGCUCUCAUGGAAUUUGCAUUGGCCAUGCAAGAAGUGGUGGCCGCGUUCAAUAAAGAUUUACUGGAAUUCGAUCUAAUUCUACGGAUUGGUUUCAACAUCGGUGACGUCACAGCUGGCGUAAUAGGCACUAGUAAAUUGCAUUACGAUAUUUGGGGUGAUGCGGUAAAUGUGAGCAGUCGCAUGGAUUCAACUGGCGUUGCUGGACGCAUACAAGUGGGCAAAGAUUGUAUCCCAUUUUUGGAUGCAAAUCUGUACGAAUUUGAGGCGCGCGGCAGCGUUUUUGUCAAAGGCAAAGACAACAUGGAAGUGUAUUUAGUGAAACGCAAAAGACUUGAAACAAACUAAAUAUUAAUACAUCAAGUAUAUAGUAAAUGUAAUUAAAAGCCUACAAA